AUGACCAGAAGCGGCUCGCUGGCUUCAGCUCUGAGGCCAGGGAGGCAGCCCCUCCACGGCCUUAAUGUCCCGGUCGCCCGCGGCGUCUCGACCUCUGCGCCGAAGCUGGUCGCGAUGCCCAAGGAUGUCCAAAACAUGAGAAUGGCACCCCGUGACCACAUCGGCGAGCUCAAGGCGCCAAUUGUUAACCCCGCCGACAAGUACCAGAGCAAGGCCGAUAACAUGCACCGAUACGGCGCCUGGGUGAUGGGCUGCCUUCCGAGAUACGUCCAGCAGUUUUCUGUUUGGAAAGAUGAGCUCACGAUCUACAUUCCUCCCUCCGGAGUCAUCCCCACCUUUACGUUUCUAAAGUACAACACCGCCGCCGAGUUCACCCAGGUCAGCACCGUCACUGCCGCCGAUUAUCCCACCCGCGAUAAGCGCUUCGAGGUCGUGUACAACCUACUUUCUAUCCGCCACAACUCCCGCAUCCGCGUCAAGACUUACGCCGACGAGACCUCUGCUGUCCCUAGUAUAACUGGUCUCUUUGACGGCGCCAACUGGUACGAGCGUGAGGUCUACGACUUGUACGGCGUCUACUUUACUGGUCACCCCGAUCUCCGCCGAAUCAUGACCGAUUACGGCUUUGAGGGCCAUCCUCUUCGAAAGGACUUCCCCCUUACUGGUUAUACCGAGAUCCGAUACGAUGAGGAGAAGAAACGCAUCGUCACGGAGCCCCUAGAGCUUACCCAGGCCUUCCGUAACUUCGAGGGUGGUUCAAGUGUUUGGGAGCAAGUUGGCAAGGGAGAGGACCGCAAACCCGAAUCUUUCAAGCUUCCUACGCCGAAGCCUGAGGAGAAGAAGGAGGAGCCAAAGAAAUAG